CCCGCCGGAGGAGGGGGGCGCUGGGCGCGCGCAGGGGCGCGGACGCGCCUCUAUUGUCUCCCGAGGGCUCGGCGCCCUGGGCGCUCGCCGUGGAAACGGGCGCUGGCGCGGGGCGGGCACCCGGGAGGGCGACGGCGGCGCGGAACCGGGGGAACCCCCCGAUCCCCACUCCCAGCCUGCGUGCCCGAGACCCCCGAGAGCGGGGGCUGCACACGGGCGCGCGCCGCGCCCCCGGCCCGCCGAGACAAAGAGCCCCCGCCCCGCGCGCGCCGCCGGGCCCCCUCCCCGCCGUCCUCGGCCCCGCCUGUGCGGAGGGGCGCGCUUUGUGCCCGCCGCCAGCUCCGCCCUCCGAGCGCCCGCGCGCCAGCCAGGCCUGUGGCUCCCGCGGCACCAUGAUUUCCACCAAGGAGCAGAAUAAAACCCCGAAGGACAGCAUGACGCUUCUGCCCUGCUUCUACUUCGUGGAGCUGCCCAUCGUGGCGUCCUCCGUCGUGUCCCUGUACUUCCUGGAGCUGACUGACCUCUUCAAGCCGGCCAAGGUGGGUUUCCAGUGCUAUGACCGCACGCUCUCCAUGCCCUACGUGGACACCAGCGAGGAACUCAUUCCUCUGCUCAUGCUCCUCAGCUUGGCCUUUGCCGCCCCGGCAGCCUCGAUCAUGGUGGGCGAGGGCAUCCUGUACUGCCUGCAGUCCCGGCCAUGGGGCCGCGGCGGCCGGGAUGGGGCCGAGGGUAGCAUCCACGCUGGCGGCUGCAGCUUCAGCUCCUUCCUGCGGCGCACUGUGCGGUUUGUGGGUGUCCAGGUGUUCGGCCUGUGUGCCACGGCUUUGGUGACCGACGUCAUCCAGCUGGCCACGGGCUACCACGCGCCCUUCUUCCUCACGGUCUGCAAGCCCAACUAUACGCUGCUGGGCACGCCCUGUGAGGCCAGCCCCUAUGUCACGCAGGACAUUUGCUCCGGCCACGACAGCCAUGCCAUCCUGUCUGCACGGAAGACCUUCCCGUCCCAGCACGCCACGCUGUCCGCCUUUGCGGCUGUCUACGUGUCGAUGUACUUCAACUCGGUCAUCUCGGACGCCACCAAGCUGCUGAAGCCCAUCCUGGUGUUUGCCUUCACCAUCGCCGCCGGCGUGUGCGGCCUCACCCAGAUCACGCAGUACCGCAGCCACCCCGUGGAUGUCUAUGCUGGCUUCCUCAUCGGUGCGGGCAUCGCCGCCUACCUGGCCUGCCAUGCAGUGGGCAACUUCCAGGCCCCACCUGCGGAGAAGCCAGCAGCCCCGGCACCUGCCGAUGAUGCGCUGCGGGCGCUGACCCAGCGGGGCCACGACUCUCUGUACCAGCAGAACAAGUCUGUGAGCACGGACGCCCUCGGCCCGCCAGGGCGGCUGGGGGGGGUGGCCCGGCCUGUGGCCCGCGAGAAGAGCUCGCUGGGCAGCGUGAAGCGCGCCAGCGUGGACGUGGACCUGCUGGCCCCGCGCAGCCCCAUGGGCAAGGAGAGCAUGGUGACCUUCAGCCACACGCUGCCACGUGUCAGCACACCCUCGCUGGACGACCCUGCCCGCCGGCACAUGACCAUCCACGUGCCGCUGGACGCCUCCCGCUCCAAGCAGCUCAUCAGCGAGUGGAAGCAGAAGUCGCUGGAGGGCCGGGGCCUGGGGCUGCCCGACGAGGCCAGCCCGGGGCACCUGCGGGCACCUGCCGAGCCCAUGGCCGAGGAGGAGGAGGAGGAGGAGGAGGGGGAGGGGGAGGGAGAGGGGGAGCACGGGGGGCCGGCCCCACCCUCGCUGUACCCCACGGUCCAGGCUCGGCCGGGUCUUGGGCCUCGAGUCAUCCUCCCACCACGGGCUGGGCCGCAGCCCCUGGUGCACAUCCCCGAGGAGGGGGUGCAGGGAGCCGGCCUGUCCCCCAAGAGCAGCACGGCUGUGCGGGCCAAGUGGCUGAUGAUGGCCGAGAAGAGCGGGGCCGCCGCGGCCGCGGCCACAGCCGCCACCCAGCCCCGUGUGGCCAACCCGCCGCGGCUGCUGCAGGUCAUCGCUAUGUCCAAGUCUCCGGGCGGGCCAGGCCCCAAGGCGGCCGAGACGGCCUCCUCCUCCAGCGCCAGCUCCGACUCCUCGCAGUACCGGUCACCCUCGGACCGCGACUCCGCCAGCAUGGUCACCAUUGACGCACACGCGCCGCACCACCCCGUGGUCCACCUGUCUGCGGGGAACGGGCCCUGGGAGUGGAGGGCCGCGGGUGGUGGGGCCCAGGGAGUGGAGGGCGAGGGUGACUAUGAGCUGGGCGACCUGGCUCGCAGCUUCAGAGGGCCCAAGCCACAGGGCGUGUCUCCCGGCUCAUCGGUCAGCGACCUGGACCAGGAGGAGCUGCGGUUUGGGACUGUAGCCACUGUCAACCUGGUCACAGGCGAGGGGCUGCCCCCGCUGGGCCCAGCUAGCCGGGAGUCAACGCUGCGGCGCCAAGCAGGUGCCCUGCUGUUGGGCGAGCGUGAAGCCCCAGGUGAGGGGGCACCGGGGAGUUACUACCGGAAGGUGCAGUCAGCCCGCAGGCUCCAGGACUGAGGCCCACGGAGGCGGGUGGGGGGUUGGGAGGGGG